AUGGUGCGGAAUGCUGACAGAGGCUCAUUUGAGACCAGCCCAGAAACUCAGGGGCCCCUCUUCCCUCCCCAUGCGCCCGCUUUUUUGAGGGGCCCCAGCGCUGUCAAGCCUCUUCAGGACCCUGUCAACAAUAGUUCCUCUUCCGAGGCACACGGAGCCUUGGAUCCUUCUGAAGGCUUGAGUGCUCCUUUCGAAGCAGCCAGGUGCGAUGUUCCCAUGGGCAGCCCAGACUUCAAGGGCCGCUGUACAUCCCGGCCAACUGAGGAGCCGCCCCGGAAUUUCCUCAAGUUGCCAGAGGCGGCGCCAUGCGCAGAAUAUAUCAGUCCGGCGUACCACCACUCUUCCGGGGCUUCAAUUGAGUGCAGCUGGGAAAAGCUGCUGAAACCCGCAGUGCGCCCGCUGGCUAAUGAGCGGCGUGGAGAGUCUUGGGCGCCUGAGGGAAACAGAACUUCCCUUCCCUGCUCUGUGGCAUUGUCUCGCUGGUCUUCGACUGCGGAAGCUGCAACAUGCAGAGAAGUAGAAUUGAAAAUUCUGAAACCCUCUUCCCCGGCUGUGUCCGCGGAAAACUCUCCUGGACUAGACGCUGCUUCGGGGCCCCCUGUUCUUUCGUUUGCCUCCAUCCACGAGAAGUCCUCCCCAGGAAAACUUUUGACUGGCGGAGAAUGCGAGUCUGGCGCCCGCGCAGAUAGUCGCUUCUGCGCAGAUGGCGAAAGAGAACUUCUGGACAACACAGGAAGUUCGGGGGCACUCAUUGGGGGACCUAGUCGCCCCUGUUUGGUACUUCUUGAUCUGGACAACACACUGAUACCGACGGGAUGGAUAAUGGCGUGCUGGCGGAAGAUGCAACUAUACUUCGGUCUGCAGCAGGCGGUUGCAUGCAUAAGGAAGGGGCUUGAGCAAUCAAAGCUGGUUGAAGCUCUCAAAGCUCUCUUUGACGAUCUCAGAAAACUGAGGGGAAAAAGACACACACAAAUCGUUAUUGUGACCAAUGCGGGGCUGAGGACCGUCCAGGAAUUCUACCUGCGCAUGUGCCUCCCGGAACUGAGGGAACUCUGUGAGAGAGAGAAAGUGUACAUCCACUCUACAGAGCACUUCGCGAGAAGGGUGGGACCCAUUCCUCCCAUGACGGAAGAGGAGGCUUUCUGCGAGUUUUAUACUGCCCUUAAGUACCACGAGUUCGAUUUCGUAGUACAGAGAUACUUGAACGCGCUCCUGUGCCAAACUCACAUUCCCGUGCAGGGGGCCUCAUUGAAAGAUGAGGAGUCUCCCCUAGAACUUUAUUCUAACCCCGUCGAACCUUCGUGCCCAGUAGAGGGGGACCCUUCUCCUCCCAGGCGAUCUGCGCCUCCCUUCUGCAAGAGGGCCAGGACUUCAGCACAGCUCGAAUCGUCAGUAGCAGCAGAAAGCAGAAGCGGCGGCAGAGGGCCUCUUUCUGGGUGCUGUGGCUGGUGCAACACUGGGAGAAGAGAAAUACUGAGCUCUGUAAGUGAACGCGCCGCCCAGGGGAGCCAAAUAGGUGAACCCCGCGAUCUUUCUCCCUGCAAGGCCGAGUUGGCAAAGAACUCUUCUCGGCCGUCGCCGCUGCAGCAACCUGCAGCUUCCUCUUGCUGCGGUGGCUCUUCCAGAAGCGCACCAGCAGCAGCCAUAGCACCGGCCUCCGCAGCAGAAGCACCGGCAGGUGGCGAAGAGGGCGAGCCCGUUGAGGGUCCGGCGAGUACCCCCUUGAGUUUGCGUGACCAGCUCCAGGCUGCUGCUGUUGCCUACUUGCAGCCUGGGGUGGGGAGGGGCGAAAGAAGUCAAGGACCUUCACCCAGCGAGAGUCCCAGAGGCUUUGACCCCUUUCCUGCGGACUGGAGAUGUGACUUAAUCAGUGCAGGAGACCAGGUUUGCGAAAUCCACGCUGCCUGUCGAGUGGCCAGACACUUUGCUGGACACGUCAAGUUUGCCAAACUUUUGUUUCUGAGGGACCCCCAAGACCCGAGAUUUCUGUCUCAAACGCCCACAAGGUUCAUUGCACAACUAAACGAACUGCAUGCGUCUUUGAUGCACGUAAUAUCGUGCGACGAGGAGACUCUGGACGCGCAGGGGCAUCCCCAAUGGGUUCGCCGUGGCUCAUUUUCGCAAGUCACAAUUAUCGCCCCUGAGAGGUUAGAAGCUCCUCCCCGCCAUUGCUCUGCUGCGCGGGUACGACAUGCAUUUGAGUUUCUACGCAAGAGACGCACCAAGAGCAACAAGGCGGCUUCGAGCGGCCCAGUGAGGCUUCGGCAAGACCUAUCGCCAAGACAGACUGCGGUAGAAGCCGAACGUGGGAGCCAGGCAUUGUCCAGUCUCCCUAGCUCGAAGAGCCACAGCCUAUCAUGUCCGAUAGAGUGGGAGAGGAACGCCGUAGCCAAUCCUCCAAGUCCGUCCCCUGCAUUGUGCCCCUUUCAUGGCGCUGAGGGACGGCAAGACCUGUUUCUGCAGCCACGAAGAGAAGGGCUUUCUAAGGGCGCCUCUCAGUCACCGUGCGGGUGA